AAGGUGGAGUUGCAUUUGGUUUGUAGUAAGAAAGGAAGGAAGAAAUGAAAAACCCUAAGCCCUAGCAGAACCUUCCUUCUCCUUCUUUGCAAUGGCGGCUGAACUUCCGCCUGAUAUUCUCGCCGAAGUCUUCUCCCGCUUACCGGUAAAAUCACUUCUCCGAUUCCGAUCAACUUCAAAAUCAUUUAAAUCAUUAAUCGAUUCCCACAAAUUCAUCAACCUUCACCUCCAAAAUUCCCUCAAUCGAUCCUUAAUCCUUCAACGCAAAUUCGAUCUCUACCAACUCCAAAUCGAUGACGAUGAUGAUGAUUUCUCUAAAUCGAGGAUUCCACUCAACCAUCCUUUCACGGCGGGUAACACCAGCAACAUUGACCCUUUCGAGGUUAACAACACCAUGACUCGUAUCGGUUCAUGUAACGGCCUCCUCGCCAUCUGCAACGGCAAAUUCGCUUUCAUUAACCCUUGUGACCCCAAUGAAAUCACAUUCUGGAACCCUAACACCCGUAAACAUAGGGUUAUCCCUUUUCUCCCUCUUCCUAUUCCUAUUCUUGACCCCACAAUCAGAGCCUCCUUAUGCGUUCAUGGCUUCGGUUUUGAUUCUUUAUCCGGCGAUCACAAACUCCUCAGAAUCUCUUACUUAAUCGACCACCAAAGCACUUUUUAUGAUCCACAUGUUCGACUCUUCAGCUCCAAAGCUAACUCGUGGAAGAUAAUUCCUACUAUGCCGUACGUUCUUCAGUAUUAUCACACCAUGGGGGUUUUUGUUGACAAUUCUAGUUCUAUUCACUGGGUUGCGACCAGGAAAAAUCAAUCAUUUCAAUCUGAUUUAAUUCUCGCGUUUAACCUAUCACUUGAGACUUUCAAUGAGGUUCCUCUCCCUGAUGAACUAGGUGAAGAAGUUAAUAGUAAUAGUUUUGAAAUUCGUGUUGCUGUUUUAGGAGGGUGUCUUUGUAUGACUGUGGAUUAUAAAACUACUAACGUUGAUAUUUGGGUGAUGAAAGAAUAUGGUUCUAGAGAUAGUUGGUGUAAACUUUUUACUUUGGUUAAAUCAAGUUUGGGUUUACCUUUGGAAUCUUUGAGACCCUUGUGUUAUUCUCGUGAUGGAAGGAAGGUUCUUUUGGAAGGAGAUCAUGUUUUGUUGGAGGUACAACAUUGGAAGCUGUUUUGGUAUGAUUUGAAGAGUGAACAAGUUAGUUAUGUUGAAGGAAAUUCUAAUUUGGAUGAUGCUAUGGUUUGUGUUGGUAGUCUUGUACCACCACCCCCUUACCUUGUUGAUAAUGGUAGGAAGAAGGAGAAUCAUACAAGCAAGAGAAGGGACGACUUUUUGUCCCGAGGAUUUAAAUUGAGACUGUAAGGGAUGGAAGGAAGAACGUGUGAAGUGCAGCUGAAACAGGAUGCUCCAGUUGUUUCUUGUGAUGGAAUUAGUCACCUUGGUUUGUAGGAAAGGUUGAAUUGAUAAUGUUGGAUUUAUCCCUCUUUUUUUGUGUGUCUAAGAUCACAGUUAUCCCUUUUGUGUAAAACUGUUACAUCACUAUUUGCCAUGGUCGAUUUGAAAAAUUUGUAUGUGUUUGUGAACUCUAAAAUGAGGCAAGCAUUUAUUUCUUAUUUCUGCAGGGAAGCAUGAAAUUUUCAACAGGGCUUCUAAUC